AUGUACGUUAAGAUAGAAACGAUUGUGAACGACUACGAUAAUUGCGACAUCACCAACAGAAGCUGCGUGCGGAGAAAUACAUUCCCUUGCGGGAUGCUAUUGCGAACAACGCUGAUACUGUCAAAAAUGUCAAUCCAAUUGGUUAAUGUCACCACACCAUUAUCAUUUCAAGAUAAACGUAAAGUAAGUGGACAACAGUAUCCGACGUAUAAAGAUGCAUGCCUUGCACUAGGAUUGCUGGAAGACGACAAUCAUUGGGACAGUAUGCUUGCUGAAGCAGCUUUAAACUGCACAGGAAAACAAAUUCGUCUACUAUUUGCUAUAGUUCUGACUACAUGUUUCCCGACCCAUUCACAAAUGUUAUGGGAUAAUCACAAAAAUUCAAUGACUGAUGAUGUAUUGCCAUCGUAA